UCUCUAUUGGACGCCAAUGAGGUUGUAACAGGGUUGUCGGUGGACGCCGGUGUACGCUGCUUGCAAAAAUGUGCUUCCUUGUCAUUAAUGGGCGGAGUAUUGGUCCCUGUUUCUGGAAUAUGACUGGUUACUUUACCUAUUCCUGGUAGAUAGGGCGGGGUGAAAAGCUUGUCCAAGGACUCACGCCAACAUUUUCCUCAGAUACAAUUAUUUUUGCCGGGGAGGGCCCACGGAAUUAUUUUCAGUGGUCCCUCUUAUAAAUGCAACCCACUCAUAAAUCCAAGACACAUCAUGGACCAAUUGCACGACAUGGCUGUGCAGGCCCAUUUGCGCUUUCAUAGAGAUUCAAACAAAUAGCCCAAAGCUCUAUGAUCAGGGCAAUUAUGUAACGCGAAUCCGUGAUUUUUCUCUGAACAACUGUCUUUUCUAACAGAACCUGAUGGAUAACCGCUAAAAUACCAUAGCCUACACUGGAUUGGCUUUGAUUGGAGGUAGCGGGAUUGGCUUUGAUUGGAGGUAACGGAAGGCGAACUAAAAGUAGGCUACCCGCAAUUGCACACAGCAUCUUCACACACCCAAACCUGAUUGUGCGGUAGAAAUGAUUCCAGUAGCCUAUUCUGCACGUCAUUUUUUUCUGCAUGCAUACGGACCAAAAUGCAAGGAACCUGCUAGGUUUUUUGCCCUGAUUUUUGACAUACGGUUCUAACGAUUUAUUGAUUCGCUUGAACAAAGGAACGAAAUGUUGUUGUACCUGUAGGCUACACUACAUGAUAUCAACAUGGAAGGAGUAGGAUGUUACUAGCAUCCGCCGUGGUGGUAUGGGAAUGGCUGAACGAACACGGGCGCUGGCGGCCAUACAGCCCGGCGGUCUCUCACCACAUCGAGGCAGUCAUCCGCAACGACCCACGGGGUGGUAGUGUUGUCUUAGGCCAGGUGGACGCUCGCCUCUCGCCUUACAUCAUCGACUUGCAUUCCAUGCACCAGUUCCGACAAGACACAGGUACCCUCAGACCCGUCCGCCGAAGCUUCUACGACCCCACGUCCGCUCCGGGUCAGGGCUGGCUGUGGGAGUGGGAGAACGACGCCGGCUCGUGGACGGCGUACGACACGGAGGUGGGCAUCGCCAUCCAGGCCGCACGCGACCGUCAGCAGCCCUGGCUGGACCUGGCCCCGCUGGGCUUCUGCUACCUCAUCGACUUCCAGAGCAUGACCCAGAUCAACGGGCAGACCCAGCGCUGCCGACGCAUCCAGCGACGCUCUGACCUGGCCUACCCGCUGGUGUCAGGGCCCCUGCCCAAGUCUCACCACGCCUGGGGGCCAGGCCCCGGCGGGCUGCUCGGGGUGGGGGUUUCCGGACUGAGCAUGGGGGUCGGUUCGAGCGGGAUGGGCAACGGGAAUGGCAGCGCCUACCCCAGCGGCGCCCUUCCGGCUUCCGCCAUCACCUCCCUGGGCCAGCCCUGCGCCUGUCAGCAGUGCAUGCUGGUCCUGAGUGUCAAGGCAGGUGCCAUGGCAACGGCCCACACCCUGGGAAGGAGGCCUCCUCAGAACAAGCCGCCCAGCCCUAAACUGGGCAGUAGCUACUCGGCGAUGGGGGGGUCCUACUCACUGACCCUCCCUCGCCCCCCCUCCUCUAUGGCUAGGUCCCUGUCUCCGCACAGGACGCCCGUGGGCGGUGCUAGCGGUGGCAUUGGGGUCGGAGGCGGCGGCGGCUUUGCCCACUCGCUCUCCCUUCUGGGUUCGGCCACCGCUGCCCUUUCCCUCUCCUCCACCCGACCCCCGCCCCCGCCUCUGCCCCCACUUCCGCCUCCUCCCCCACCUCCGCCCUCCUCAAUCGCCUCAAACAGCGGCACCCUUCCUCCCUCCUCCUCCUUCACCAUGGCGUCCAUGGCGUCCUCGGCCCCUCCGUCCAUGCCGGCUCCGCCCCCUCCUCUCAUCUCCACGGCGGCGUCCUCCUGCACCCCCUCGCCCUCCGCCCGUGUCCUGGGACCCGUGUCUUCGGCGGCGGCGGCGGCCUGUGCCGCCCCCCUGCCUCCACGUGCCAGCCUGGCUGGGCUGAGCCGUCCCGCCCUGCAGCGCAUUGCCAUGGCCCAGUCCAGAGCCCUCAUCGCCUCCGGGGUCCCCACGGUUCCUGUGAAGAACCUCAAUGGAUCUAGCCCUGUCCACCCGGCAUUAGCAGGUAUCACAGGAAUCCUGAUGAGCGCCGCGGGACUCCCCGUCUGCCUGACCCGCCCCCCCAAGCUGGUGCUCCACCCCCCGCCCGUGAGCAAGAGUGAAAUCAAGCCGGUGCCGGGCCUCGGCCACUGCUGCCGCAAGACCACCAAGAAGCAGGCCCGCAAAGGCAAGACCCCCGAGGAGGUGGUGAAGCGGUACCUUCAGAAGGUCCGGAACCCGCCGGAGGAGGACUGCACCAUCUGCAUGGAGGCCCUGGCCGGGCCGUCUGGUUACAAGGGCCCCGGCGUGGGAGGCGUCUCGCGGGCCGAGUCAGUGGGACGCCUGGCCCAGUGCGGCCACCAGUACCACCUCCAGUGCCUGGUGGCCAUGUACAACAACGGCAACAAGGACGGCAGCCUCCAGUGCCCCACCUGCAAGACCAUCUACGGCGUGAAGACGGGCAACCAGCCGCCGGGCAAGAUGGAGUACCACGUCAUCCCCCACUCGCUGCCGGGCCACCCCGACUGCAAGACGGUGCGCAUCAUCUACAACAUCCCGCCAGGCAUCCAGGGCCCGGAACAUCCGAACCCAGGCAAGCCCUUCACGGCCCGGGGGUUUCCCAGGCACUGUUACCUGCCGGAUAGCGACAAGGGACGCAAGGUUUUGAGGCUGCUGCUGGUGGCGUGGGACCGCCGGCUCAUCUUCUCGGUGGGCACGUCCAGCACCACGGGGGAGUCGGACACGGUCAUCUGGAACGAGGUGCACCACAAGACGGAGUUCGGCUCCAACCUGACAGGCCACGGCUACCCGGACCCCGGCCACCUGGACAACGUCCUGGAGGAGCUGAAGGCCCAGGGGAUCACCGGGGAGGAGUGCCUACCCAGGGACUGAGCCCGGCGCCUGUCUGACUCUGGAGGGACAUUCAGCUGCUUGACGAACACACACACCCUCGGGAGAGACUGUGGGACCGACGCGGGUGGACAAAGACAAAUUCAUGUUUAAACAUUGUGUUUUUUUUUUAGAUCUACUGAAAUCAACACAGGGUGGUGCGACUGAGACGCCCACUGAAAACUGACAGCCUGAAAGACCGCAUACGACACUACAUGAAAGGACCGCUGAACAGAUGAGCCAACGGAAAGGACCAGCUCUGUAAAACAAAUAGAGAAACAGACGAGUGGACGUCCUGGCUGUUGAUUCUGGAGACACUAACUGAAGAACAGUUGGCCCGGCCGCUGCAUGGGUCAGUUGUACGGUGGAAUGUUUGUUUUAUUUUUUAUUUUUCCUGCUCCAGUAUUGGUGGCAUCACAAAAUGUCAUUCAGUGAGACUUUUGAGGCCGCAGUGCGUAUACAGCUCAAUGUUGGACAGGAGUUGUCGUUUAAACCCGCAAGAGCUCGACAAGAAUGUACUAAAUCUGAAUUGGUCUUUUUGAAUUCAGUGGUGAAGUUUACUUGAGCUGCUGUGAGUGUUUGACAGGGGUGUUAAUGGGGAUAUGCUAAAUAGACUGAAGGGAAGAGGUCAAAUGAAGAAGGAAAGGAUAAGGCUUGAAGUGUCCACUGGCAGCGUGGUAAAGCAAAUCUCUUGUUAAAGAGAACGUCAAACGUAUAUCAUGUUUAUGACUGGACACGUGAACAUGAGUGUUUACUGCCCUCUAGUGGUCCUUACUGAAAAAUACAUUCCCUUUUCUCUAGGUUCUCGUCAGUAUUUUAUGAAUUGCUGUAUCAUUUUUGGAAAAUGCGUUGUUGUAAAUUUUUAAUAGUUGAUAAAUAUUGGCUCGGUUGAGUUUAUAUCAUUUUUACAUUCCAUUUUGUUCUGACUUUUUAACAUUGUACAUUGCCUAUUUGAUUGCUAUAGCAUUAUUUUAUAUGUGGCAUUGUAAGGAGAUUAGUCAAGCAUAAGUCUUCUUGGGAGGACUCAGUAUUAUGAGCCAUUAUGUGUGUGUAUGUGUUUAAAUGAUUUUACCAGCCAUUGAUUUUUGACACAUCUUUUGCCAAUUACUUUCAGUAUUAAUGAUAUAGAAAUCCUCUUGAGAGUCCUCAGACAAUGGGUGCGUCUUAAUAGUCUUAUGUACAGUGGGGAGAACAAGUAUUUGAUACACUGCCGAUUUUGCAGGUUUUCCCACUUACAAAGCAUGUAGUGUGUCAUUUUUA